AUGCUGGAUGGAUCAUCAGAAGGGAUCUACUCCUACGAUGUGUCUUCAGAUUCCCGAUACCAAAGAUGUGGAUCGAAUUUGUGUGAACCUGGUCGAGGAGGACGAGAGGUCGGUCUCAUUCUCCUCGUCCUCGUCCUCACAGCCAUCGCCAUCGGCGAGAACGACGGAGGGAGUGCAGAGAAGAUGAUCCUCGAAGACAACAUCGUGAACAUCAACACUGAAAUCCUAGAUGAAGCUAACGGGAGAGGAAAAGACGUGCUAGCAGCCGGUUUAGGAGGGGUCUUGGAAGAGGAGAAACCGAAAGAAAAAGAUAAAGAGCCAAAAAGUCCGGACAGGAAAGAAGAGGCGUCUGUGCAAGAGAUAGACGAAGGCGGGCAAUUGAAGAAAGAAGACCAAAUCUCCAACAGCAUUCAAGCCUCUCCACCGAAGCUACCCACUCAGGAGCCUUCGGAGGACAAGAGCGAACCAAUGACAGAAGAGGCAAAGACUAGGGGGAACUCGAAGGGGGAGGAAGUGAAACCGGUGGUGAAAAAUGUGAAGACGGUCGUUGAGCCUCGUCUCGAGGACGAGGAGAAGAGGCUCUUUCAAGAGGACAAGGGAAAAGGAAAUGAGCAAUCACAGGAUUCCCAAGGAACUGGUAGUCGAAUCCAGACUCCUUGGUGGGCCAGUCGGGAUCACAUCAGCACGACGACGAGGACUUGGAGCAAACCCAUGGAUUACGAAGAGUACGAAGAUGAGAAUAACUUACCGUCGACGGAAGCGCCUUUACAGUCGGAAGAAAAAGAAUCCAAGAAACCGGCUUUUCCAUUCUGGUUUGGAUGGGGGAACGAUUACGAAGAAAGCUAUGACGAGGGGGAAGGGACGGAAUCUGGGUUCCCAGCUAGAGUGACAUCCGUGAAACCACCUCCGAGUCCUUCCACCUUUUCCCCAGUCGAGGUCCAGAGAAAGACAGCGACUUUGAUCAAGCCACAGAUGGAGACGCACAAGCCGAUGGAGGAGCAAGUGAGGACGACGACUCCAUUGACCCUCAGCUCCGAGCCCAGGACUACAACCGAGCCUGACAGAUUUCACGGCAAGGUCACUUCCGGCUUUCGGCCCACUUUCGGAGGGAUCGAGGUGAUCACGCCACCCAGCUUGGGGCCCCGAAAGGACGAGGCACUGACGGACGAAGAGAGAAAAGAUCCAUCCGAUCCAGCUUAUGAUGACGAUGAUGACCUUUUCAUGGAAAUCGUCGUCGGGGGAAGUCAAGGAGGCCGGGGAGACCAGUUCCACAAAGACGAAGAACUGGGGAUCUUCACCGGCGUGAAGAACCCGGAUUGGGUCCAAGAAGGACAGAGCAUCGCUCCGUCUCCACAAUCUGUGCCGCCGUCAGGAGAACUGCGCCCACCAGUUCCUGUCCAAGAUUGGCCAUUACCAGCAAGGCCAGUUCAAGCACAAGAACAAGGACGAGAAGAAGAUGAAGACGUGGAGAGACCUUCAGAGGAAUUCCAGCCUCCGCCCAUUCGACCCGACUAUGUGAACAGCUCCACACUGCGAACUCCGACUAGAACAUCGGAAUCUCCUCUUCGACCGACCUCGAACAGACCACUCCCUGAAUCCAACUUGGAAUUGGAGGCAUUUGGACCUCUUCUUCAGUACUUUGGGACCAAUCUCCUGCCGCCGGUUCUCAGACCUCAAAACGGCAUCGAUGCCGAAGAACCGCUUCCCGUCGACGAAGCUCUCGAAGAGGACGAACUCAAGGAGAACUUGCCGAAAGAGCUGAUGAGACAAGGCGUAGGGCCUCACAACCAGAUUUUGAGGCCCAGGAGGAAAGGCCGUUGUCUGCCCCGAGCCCUGCCGUUCUGCAAGCAAGUCUUGGCUUAUCGGUUUACCAGCUACCCGAACCUCCUGGGAUAUUCGAACAUGGGACAGAGUCAAGCAGAUGUCCCAUUCUUCUCCAUUCUCACCACAUCUCAAUGCAACCCUGCCAUUCAUAAUUUUGUCUGCAGCCUUCUGGAGCCAAAAUGUCAAGGACAGGUUCAAGUUCAGCUUCCUCCCUGUCGCCGGUUCUGCCAAGUGGCGACUGAGGGGUGCGAGGUGUACAUCGGAGCAGAAGUAAGGAUGGCGCCUUUAUUCAAUUGCAAUCGAUACCCAGACUCUCAGGAUCCCAACAUCUGCGUCGGAGUUGGUUUCCCCGAACCGAGACGUCCGAUGGGGGAUAUACCAGUCCGUCCCCAGCCAGUCCAAUUGCCUCCACCGAGGAGGAUGGAAAGACCUUUCGGCAGGAGAAUGGGUCGUCAGUUCACCUUCCCGACGGAGGAAGAGAUUCAGGAAGAAAGGAGAAGACCCACGGAAUGGCUUGGCGGUUUCAGACCACUAGAAGAAGCUAUCAAAGAGGAAGAGGCAUUGGAGGCCGAGGCGGCCGGGGUUGUGAGAACGGCACCAGAGGGCUUCCCGGAGGGAAAAGUGCAGCCGAGUCCAACGGAAGCCAGGCGCCCUCUCGUCCCUGCCCCAUCACUCAUCCCUGGUCGAUGCGUGGACCGAACCCUGAACUUCUGCAAUGCUAUUCUCCCGUACAACCGAACGCGGUUCCCGAACUUUGCUGGGGAUGCAACGAAGGAGGAUGCAGAGAACAAUGUCCCUUAUUUCUCCAUCAUUGCGGAUUCUCAGUGCAACCCCAGGAUCCGGUCUUUCAUCUGCACUGUUCUCGAACCUCAGUGCACUAACAUCGUCGGAGAGACUCCUGCUUGCCCGGGGAAUUCCAAUGCCCGGAUCGAACGUGCAUUCCAAAUGCAUGGCUUUGUGAUGGAGUCCGGGAUUGCCCAUCGGCUGCUGAUGAGAGUUCCUGCACCAACGUCUCAUGUGAUUCCUCCACAUGUGAAUAGGUGUGCGGUAGAGAUGACAUGCAUCCCAAAGAGAUGGCGCUGUGACAAAUCCCAAGACUGCCGGGAUGGAUCCGAUGAACUGGGCUGUGACUUCCAGUACACAAGAGUUUGUGGAGACGGGAUGUUCAAAUGCCACGAUGGCAGUGAUUGCAUCCCAGAUCGUUGGCGCUGUGACGGGGACAACCAAUGCCGAGAUAAUUCUGAUGAGCUCAACUGCCACUCCACUGCAUGCACGGGAGACGAUUUCAAGUGCAGAACAGAUGGGAAAUGCAUACCAGAAGUGUGGGUGUGCGACGGUAACGCGGACUGCGGAGAUGGGAGCGAUGAGCUCCAUUGCUUCAACCGACAGCCCGAUCCCAAUUCUGCUCUGAAUCGGCUGGGAGAGCAGGCGAAGUCGGCUCGUCUCCGUCCUCCUCCGCCUCCAUCCCAGCAACCACAGAAGGUUGUGUCCGGUGCCCCGGCAGGGAACUCCAACCGGAGAGGCGGUGUAGGGCCGGCGACAUUGCAGCAAAGCUUUUACACUAACUUUAAGGAACCUGGCCAGUUUCGUCCUCCUAUGGCCCCGGUGAGGGGAAACCUCCGCAAUGGUUGAUUAGAGGUCUCCCAUUCAUGACAACGAAUUCGGUUAUUCAACCCGGACACGUGACAUUUAAGAAGAUUUUGAGGAGGAAAACAUUUUGGAGACACAGACUCACACAAUUGGAGGAAUUCAAAUGUGAUAGCAACGAAUACCCUUUCCCAAGAGACCUAUUGCCCCCAGAACGCUCUCAAAGUUUCGCCGCAUAAUUGUGAUGAGAGUGUGAAUAUUUGUGUGCAAUUUUUCACGGUGACGUUGCAUAUGUCUACAGAGACAGAUUUUUUUAAUUAACAUUAUUUGAGAGCUGCCCCGGGUUACUACAAAGGAAUUUAAAUCUCGCAAUUGGAAGAAUGGGAAUGUCUGAUGGAGGAUGGGCCCUGUUUCAGUGCGAGAGAGUUGGAGUGUGAUUGCAAUGUUGAGUUGGCAUAUUUAUCGAUUUCGAUCGUCAUUCCUAUGGGAUUCCUUUUCAUCUUGCUAUGCACUUCUUUUCCAUGAUGUCUUCCUGGAGAAGUAGAAGUGAAGCAAAUGAAAUCAAAGCGG